AUGGAUCUCACCUCACAUGUCUCGCACAAUCCGGUGUUUCUCGCCCUCCCUGCUGAGCUUGUCGAGCGCGUCGCCUGCUUUCUCCUCGAACAAGACCUCCUCAAUUUUCGGCGUACCUGCCGCCGAUUCCACCACAACUCGCAAACUGCUUUCGCCAACACCUUUUUCUCCACCGUCACCACCGACCUCUGCCUGGCCUCUUUUCAGCGCCUCCAGCGCAUCGCCCAAGAUGACCUCCCCCGCCACUACGUCCGCACCGUCAUCUUCACCUCCAAAGCGCCCUGUCCCAACCGCCCACGUCACGCCCCAGGUCAAGGCUACCACUGGUCCCGCACCCCGGGCCCCCAGUUUCAAGCGCAAUACCUCAACCCUGACGUCACAUCCAACCCGUCGAUCAGCGACUUCUGUACCACCCUCGCAGCGCCCAGCAACCUGCGAUUGUUCCCGCGGUGUAAGAUUGAUAUUAAUGAAAGACUCCUCAACAGCCCAGGCGAUGCCCGCCUGCUGUUCUCUCAGACACCCAUUGCAAUAAGCGUUAUGAUGGUCAAGGGCUAA